ACGUUUGUUUUAACUUCUGACCGGCCGCCCUGCAGAGAGGAGCGAUGAGAGCAGAGCGGCGGCGGCGUCUUUGGUUGAGACAAAAAGCAGAUGUUUGAAGAAAAAAAGAGGGAAGGUUUGCUUUUCAUGCCUCUGCAAGGACUCCGGGGCUGUCCACCUGAUGAUGAGGUCGAUUCAAAGCCGCGCACGCUGAGAUUUAAAACUACAUGGACUCAUAACAACGGAAAGGAGAAGAAUUAACCCCCAGGAGUCAGUAUGAACACCACAGACCACCAUGGACUGAUCCAGAGCUACCAGAACAGGAGCCAGACCUCUCUGACACUUAACAAAGACUUGGCGGGAGAGGAGAAGGACUCUUCUGCAGGAUGCUACGAGCAGCUGCUGAUCUCCACCGAGGUGUUCCUCACGCUGGGCAUCGUCAGCCUGCUGGAGAACAUCCUGGUGGUCGCCGCCAUCGUCAAGAACAAGAACCUUCACUCGCCCAUGUACUUCUUCAUCUGCAGCCUGGCGGUCGCCGACAUGCUGGUGAGCGUCUCCAACGCCUCGGAGACCAUCGUCAUCGCGCUCAUCAACGGAGGCAACCUCACCAUCCCCGUCACGCUCAUCAAGAGCAUGGACAACGUGUUUGACUCCAUGAUCUGCAGCUCCCUGCUGGCGUCCAUCUGCAGCCUGCUGGCGAUCGCCGUCGACCGCUACAUCACCAUCUUCUACGCGCUGCGGUACCACAACAUCGUGACGCUGCGGCGGGCGAUGCUGGUGAUCAGCAGCAUCUGGACGUGCUGCACGGUGUCCGGCAUCCUCUUCAUCAUCUACUCCGAGAGCACCACGGUGCUCAUCUGCCUCAUCACCAUGUUCUUCACCAUGCUGGUGCUCAUGGCGUCGCUCUACGUGCACAUGUUCCUGCUGGCCCGGCUGCACAUGAAGCGGAUCGCGGCGCUGCCCGGCAACGCGCCCAUCCAGCAGCGCGCCAACAUGAAGGGCGCCAUCACCCUCACCAUCCUGCUGGGCGUGUUCGUGGUGUGCUGGGCGCCCUUCUUCCUCCACCUCAUCCUCAUGAUCACCUGCCCCAGGAACCCCUACUGCACCUGCUUCAUGUCCCACUUCAACAUGUACCUCAUCCUCAUCAUGUGCAACUCCGUCAUCGACCCCAUCAUCUACGCCUUUCGCAGCCAGGAGAUGAGGAAGACCUUCAAAGAGAUUUUCUGCUGCUCCCACGCUCUCCUGUGUGUGUGAGCCGAGUGUAAAAAGCGUCGAGCUGCAAACCCCGAAAUCAAACUUGGCGAGCGGAGACUUUGAUGUUUUCUCGAGCAGUAAUCACUGUGGACUCGCUGCAGCGCUCCUGCGCUCUCGGCUGUAAAUGAUUGACUAGUCGGGCGCUCGCCUCUGGUUUCGGUUGCUCCGGAGGUAGGUUUACAAACACCCUGUAACAUAGAGUGUCGCUCUGCUUCGUUUUUUUUCAAGUGAACGCUGCUCUCAAGUGCCAUUUGAAGUAAAUGUGACCAGCAUGUACAUAAACCAGCAGUCCAACUCUGGUGUCUCACUCUGAAAUCUUUCCUUCGUUGUUGGAGAAAUCAAAUAAAAAAAGAGACACAUGUUUAUUUGGAACAACUUUCUGCAUGUAGAAGGUUUGUGGCACUGAAUCGUCCCUGCAGCACAGUUUCACAUGAACUCUUUACUGUUGCUGCAUCUGUAGAUUUAGUCAGAAAAGAUGGUGAAAGGUGUGUUUUCUAAAGCCCCAGGGGACAAAUGUUUUGUCCUAAACCCAAAGACAUUCGAUUUACUUUCACAGAAGAGGCAGAAGGAAACUGGAAAAUGUUCAAAUUUCAAAGCUCAAAUGAGAGAAUUUUGACUUUUUAACCCAUUAAUGGCUCAACUUACUCUGUACUGGACGUCCAACGAAGAGAUUAACCUGAUAUCUGACAGACUACCUCCAUGGUUAAGAGUCCAAUCCUCCUCAUUACAGACACCUCGCACACUGACAGAUAACACAUCCACGGCUUGUACUCGUUUUCUUUGCAAUGAAUGUAAAAAAAAAAAAAAGUCUGAUAUUCACUUUUCCUGUGAUGAUAUAAAAGCCAUAACGCCUCGCUGAGUUCCCCUGUGUAUUAUGUGCCAAUUACGACAUAGGAGAUGAAGGGAAACCUCCUGCUCACCUAAAGUGUUUUCUACCAAAGAGGUGUUUUACUGGAGAAACAAUCAGCGUUGGAUUCUCGCCUCGAACAGACGAGAGAGGUGAUUUUCUGACGCCGCUCCGAUGAGAUUAUUCUGGAAACCAAGAGCACAAAGCGUCGCCACAUCCCUGCUCAUCUGCCGUUCGCUCCUCGUGUGCUUUGCGACGCCUCAGCGCAGAGAUUUAUUGGAUUAAAUGUUGUAAAAUCACUCCGUGGGUCGGAGAGGUGAAGGACACGACAGCAUUCACACAGGAUGGACUGAAAAACAGACUCAGCAGACGGCUUCACAAACUUCAUGUAUUUCUGGGUUUUGAUGAUUUUUUUUUUACCUUAUUUGCACCAACUCCCUGUAGUGUGCUUUUACCAGCUCCAUGGUUUUGCACCCGAUGUGAUCAGCUUUUUUUGUAGACCCUCUCCUCUGAUUUCAACUUAUAAAUGGUUUUCCUGUGAGCAAAAAAAAAAAAAAAAGAAGCCAAAUCGAAGCCACCCAUCCCGUCCCAUCUGUCGGUUUGCGAUCGACGCUCUCGUGAACUUGUGGUCUGUGUAGAUAUUCUGUGUGAACUUUGCACAUGUGGGUUGUUCCGACUCUCCACGAUGUACAUGUGACUGUAAAGAAAUCUAUUUUUCAUCCUGUUCAUGUGAAAGGGCAGACUUUACUGAAUGUAUUUUUAUGUGACACGUGCUGUGUGACUCGUUGCUUUUGAUCUUGGCCUUAAAUAUGUUGCACUGUGACGUAAAGAGCAACCGUAUCCUCUGUGACAGUUCCUUCACCGACUGACGUGAUCGGUUUUAUUUUCUAUGUAGUUAGAUGCUAUUUUCAAUAUUGCCUUAUUUAUUUAUGCCUCUGUAAACUUGAAGCUCGUCCCCAAGCUCACGGAGAUGCACAAAAACGUCCGACUCCUCUGUCAACAGCUUCGCCUGGACUUUGAUUCAUGUGUGUGCCAAAUAUCACUGCAUCCAAUGUGAACCACUGCUGCACAGUAACUUCAAUAAAUCAUGUUUCCACCUCA